AUGUACUCUGUCACACCCAUGCGCGUCAUUUUACAUGCGAAGACCGAAACCAAAUUAUCGUUGAAUUCAUUGAUCUCACAGCAGAAGGUCAUAGAUGACGCUCCUCAUAGUUCUAUAUCACCUUCUCACAAGUAUGCUAUGUCUGACCUUACCGCUCGUUCAACGACUGCAGACAUGCUGCGUAUAUUCCCUCAAGAGCGUUCAAAACGCAAAACAGAAGGCAGCGCGCCUGAAGGUUCUCUCCCUCCCAGUUUCAAAAGGCGCACUCUUACACGUUCAUAUGCUAUGUCUGACCUUACCAUGAGUUUAGCAUUUCACAUGCUGCGUAUAUUCCCUCAAGAGCGUUCAAAACGCAAAACAGAAGGCAGCGCGCCUGAAGGUUCUCUACCUCCCAGUUUCAAAAGGCGCACUCUUACACGUUCAUAUGCUAUGUCUGACCUUACCAUGAGUUUAGCAUUUCACAUGCUGCGUAUAUUCCCUCAAGAGCGUUCAAAAUGCAAAACAGAAGGCAGCGCGCCUGAAGGUUCUCUCCCUCCCAGUUUCAAAAAGUGUGCUUUAUCACAUACAUGUGCAAAUGCUAACCUUACUACUUACUCAAUGACUGCGGAGCGCACCGCAGACCUCAUACUUUCACACAGGACACACUCUCGUGCAGUAACCUUGAACGGACGAACCAUUUCCCCCAUACCACUUUCGUGUUGGUGGCCCUUUCCAAACGAACUCUUAUUGAUUAUCUUCGGAUAUCUGCCUGCGAUAGACCUCAUGUCUAUCACACAAGUGUCUGUCCUCUUGAAGGACCUUGCCGCACCCUUGUAUUUUCAGGCCGUGGGCUUACAUGUCGAGCAGACAUGGUUGCGGGUCAACGCCCAAAGUUGCCUAGCUCUGCUGUUGUACACACGAACAACUUCUUUCUGUGUACCUCGCUUUCUGCAUUGCGAUCUCCAUGGCUCUGUUGAUCGUGAUCUGACAGCACUCCAGACUUUCUUAGAGUUUUUGAAGGGCAUUCAGAGCAAGCCCAUGUCCUCGUCAGGGAUUUGGGCUGCUCCAGCUUCAGAUAUUCAAGCAGAGAUUCAAAACACUCAUUCUCCGGCGGUUUUCAGCAGACUCGCCCAUGUUUUUUCCCCACGCGUCGCCUCAUUCACUCUCGCAACCUUGCGAGAUUCUCCCCUAAGCGACCUCUCGCUCACUAACACUGCCUUGAGUGGCAUUCAGUGGGCCAUGCUACUGCCGAACGUUCACCUCCCGCUCCUUCGAAUGUUGACUGUUGACAUCGAAUGUCCCCCCGCCGUCCUUGCUGGUUUUUUGGCCUGCCAUCAAAAUGUUACACAAGUCUGGAUUCAUCCAGGACAGACUCUUUCCCUGCCGAUAUUGCAACAGAAGCGUUCUUCACAGAAGUUGCGAAGCCAGACGUCGCAUCAGAGCCAAAGUACCCUAGACCUGAGUGUCCUUGGCGGUCCGCUUUGGUACAUCGCAUCCCUCUUGACCUCAGUGUAUCCAGCCCCCUGUAUACGACGCCUCAGCCUACGGUUCGAGGAGAAUUUUAUCCCCAACUACUUGUCCGCCAUCUUGGACAUUACUCAACACUUCACCGCUAUCCAGGCACUGAAGUUGAGCUUUUUUGAUGCUUCUCAUGCUGCCAACUGCUUCGAUGUCCUGUUCGAGGAACACCGCAUUGUACAUGCGAAGUCCUUGAAUAUUGCUGUGUAUGGUCCUGAUCCAGAUGAUCUGAUGGUUCACUGUCGUCCUUGGCUCAACGCAUUCCACGGGCUGGAAUGCGUUGAACUUCAGGCUAGACACCUGAGUGGUACAUCUGAGAAGCUCGGAGCGAUAUUUUCUUGUCCGGACAAGCCUUUUCAGCUGAAGAUAAGCAAUGGUGACAUGUAA